AUGGAUAAAAUACCGUAAGUAUACGUUUUAUAUUAUUUUAUAAACUGAGGUAAAAUUAAUAAAUUAUUUUUAACUGUUAUUGUAAAACAUUUAUGUUUGUCUGUCAUAUAAUAUUUCAGAGAAUUAAGUGGCUGUAAACAGUCUACCUCGCGUAAGACACAUGAAAAUCAUAACUGCUUUUUCAAUGAUUUUGGCAACUAUAAGAAUAAUUCACUGGAAUUAGAAAAUAAAACAUUAAUCGAAGCCUUAAAAAAUUUUCGACUUGAACCAGAUGAUAACAUUGCUAAAAAAUUAGCUGAUAAGUAUAAAGAAGAUGGAAAUUUGUAUUUUAAGAGCUGUAAAUAUAAACUAGCUAUUAUAUGUUAUCAAGAAGGUCUUAAAUUAGACUUUCAAAAUAAUGAGCUGCGUGCUCAAAUGUUGAACAAUUUGUCUGCUUCACAUUUUUUUUUAAAAAACUAUAGGUACAUUACUUAAACUAUAACUUAGGUCGUAUAUAAAUAUAAUUUUUAAUUUCUACAUUUAUUUAUCUAGAUCAAGUUUAGGAGCAGCUGAAGAGGCACUUAAAUUAAAGCCAGACUAUGAAAAAACAAUCUUAAGAGCAAUCAAUUGUUGCAUUCAAUUAAAAGACUUUGAUAAAUCAUUAGAUUAUUGUGAUAAGUAUUUGGGACAAAUACCGGGGUCUGAGGUAUAUUUUAGUUGUUUAAUGUUAAUUUUACAUUAUGAGAAUUUGUUUUUUUCAAAUUUAGAAAAUUGAGAUGGAAAAACGAAAAAUGAUGAAAAUUAAAAAACUAAAUGAAAUUGAGGAGCAAAGAUUAUUAAAUGAGAUUAAUAAAAGAAAAUUGCAUGUAGUCGACCAAAAAGGUAAUUUAAAUAUAGUAUUAAUUAAUAUUUAGUUUUCUGUAAAAAAAAAUUGUACAUUUUAUAAUUUAGGUGAUAUAAUUGAAGAUUUGGCAAUAUUCAAUACCUUGGUACCUAGUAUAAUACCACCAGUACAUUUAUUAAAAAACCGACUUGUAUGGCCAGUUAUUUUUUUGUAUCCAGAGUAUCAAACAUCUUUUACUAUACCAGAAUUCCAUGAAGAUUCUACGUCAGUGUAUAUUUAUUUUUUUCUGAACAUGUUUAAAAUUAUUAAGUACAUUACUUGAUUAUUACAACAAUUUUGUUUGAUAUUAUAGUAUAUAAUGAAUACCUAAUGCAUAAUUUAUAAUUAUGCAAGUUCAAUCAAGUCAAUAAAAUAUAAACAUAAAUUAUAAUUUUGAUCAGACCUAAGAAAGUUUUUGAUUUCAUGACACACAUGGAGAUUACUUUAUAAUAAACUUGAUGAGUGAAUAAUAUUAUUAUAAUAAUAUUCAUCUAAAACUAUUAUCUAUAUUAUAAAUCUAUAUUAUCGAUAUUAUAUAUCUAUAUUAUCUAUAUUAUUAUCUACAUUAUUCAAACUUAGGUCAUACAAGUUUUAUUGGCUUUUUUUUAUAUUUCAUCUAUAACGCCAUUUGGUUUAAUAGUAACUUCUCUGUAGAAAGCCAACAAAGUUAAUAAAUUUAAAUAAUGCUUAAAUAUAAUAUAAUCAGUUUUAGAAGGGCCAGUUAAAAUAAUAUUUUUACGAGUAUACUAUUUAAUUAAAUUUCUUACAUAUUUUUUACACUCCUCAAUAUUGAAAAGUUCUCUUUAUAUAUUAUUAAUAUACUAUGUAUAUGUAGAUUCAAAAUAUAUUAAAUUUAUAAAUUAUGAGAGCAGUAAGUAAAUUUGUUUAAAAUAAAAUUCUUGUGUUUAUUAAAACAAAAAUGUAUUAAUAUAUUUUCUGUGCUCUAAAAUCUUAAUUUUAAUAAAACAAUAAAAUAAUUUAUAUAAAGAAUGAAUAUGUAACAACUUUAAUAAUAUGACUAAACAAUAAAACAAUAUACAAAUAACCAAAUCAAAUUUAAAUUUAAAAAAAUGCCAAAUAGGGAUAUGCCACCUUCAUUAUAUGUGCUUGACAUUUAACAUAAUUUGCACUGUCUUCAGUGGUGCACAUAAUAUAAAAUUGCUUGCUUUAUAAAUUAUUUUUACUUGGAUAUUAUUUAAAUAUUAUAUAUAUUUAUUUUUUAGGUUUUAUAGUCAGUUGGUAGAAAUAUUCUCUGAAAGACCAUCAUGGGAUAUUGAAGAUAAAUACAACGCAGAUACAGUAAAUAUUUAUUGUGAAUUUGCGAGUGAAACUUCCACCAGAGUUUUAAAAAUAGAAUCCCAAUCAUGCACUUUAUCGGAUGCAUUGACAUUGUUAAGGUAAACAAAUUGUUAUUUGUAUUUAAAAUUUUUUUUUUGUCAUUCAUUUUCUUUUAUCUUCUUUCAAAAAUUAGUGGAUUCUGUUACUCUUUCCUUUAAUGCCUUGUUUUCCUAAAAAAAUUAGAAUUGUCUAACAAAUAAUGCCUAAUUUAGGCUUGCUAAUUUACACCAAUUUGUGUAAUUGACAAGGUUCUACUCAGUGGCUAUUUGUUAUAGUAUAUAAGUAGAGCAGAGAACAUAUAGCUCUAAAAAAAACACUGAAUAUGCAAGGACAUAUGAACUUAAAUACUUUUAAAAAUAUGCACUGAAAUAAGUCUUACAGACAUUUUAUUAGCCAUUUAAUUACAAAAUAUCUAUAAUUAGAAAAACUAUCUAAUUUAAUUAUAUGCCAUGCCAUGACCAAAUGAAUAAGACAAAUUUCUAUUUUUUAAAUUUUUACUUUUACUUUUUAUUAAUUUAAUUAAAUUGACAUUACUACAUUUCAUUGAUUGAUUGAAGAAUUUGGUUGAUUUGUAUACAUGGUAUUUAAUUUAACAUUUUUCUUCUGACACUAAAAAAUAACUUUCAAAAUAUUAAUUUAUGAUUUUAUUAUUAAUUAUUGUUUUAACAAAUUGUGAAAAAGUUCCCGAAGAGCAUAAAAUUUUUUACAAAUAUCUUAAAAAGCAAAAGAUCUAAGUAUGGAAAAAUAUGCAACACAAAGUUAUAGAUUUGGUUUUGUUGUAACAUGAAAAAAUUUUCCCCAUUUUUUUUUUAGAAAAUAUUUGGGAAAAUUAAAAAAUGACUGCUCUAAAGUAAGACCCUAGAUUCUUUGAGAAAUAGUGCCAUCAUAGUAAAUCUGAGCAAAAUUGCUGGUAGAAAAGUUGUUCAUAGGAAAAAAAGUUAAUAAUAUUUUACUAUACAUUUCACACAUUUUCCCGGUUUUUCCCAUUUGUUGUGACAACUCUUGGGUAAAUCAAAAUAUGACUUCCCUAAAGUACCAUCCUAUUUAGAUUUCCUUUCAGAAAAUUGUUGUAAUUGAAAAUUAAAAUAAUCUUGUAGGCAAAAGUUUUUUGCUCUGCUAAGAAUCUAAAAUAGAAUUGGAUUAUCUUUAUUAUCUUCAGAGAUAUUACAAUGGGUAUAUUUUCAUGAGAUACUCUGUAUAAGUACAUUAUUGACAGAGUAUUAUUUGUUAUAAUUUAAUAUUUAAAUUACUAAAAUAAUUUAAUAUUUAAAUUACUAAAAUAAUUUAAUUAUUUAUAAUAUCUAAUUUAUAAUUUUCUGUAAUUGUUAUUUGAAUGAAAUAUCCAAAACCCAAUCUAGUAUUUAGUUUUAUUUAAAACUAAUUACAAUUCAAAUUAUAUUUACACAUUAAUAAUUGUGGGUUAGUUCUCAAUUUUAUUAAGUUUUAUUAGCAGGUUGAUACUAAUUUAUUUAUUAUAUGUCUAUAUCAGUAUACUUGGUAUCUAUUUAUUUAAUACUAAGCCGUUGUUAAAUUUAAAAAUAUAUGUAAAACAUAAAGUUGCAUAGAAUUAAUAACAUAUUAACCAAUAAUCUGCACUCAGUUUUCUUACAUUUUAAACUUAGUAUUGUUGCUGCUUAGAUUUUUGUGCAAAAAUAUUAAGUUUCUAUUUGAUUUGACAUUUUAGGUGUCCAAUUGAAAAUGGAUCACCAAGGUUUAUGAUUUUUGUUGCUGGAGGACAGGAUGAAAAAGAAAUUUUAGAAGAUUAUGUAAAAUAUGUUUUUAAAGACUCAAUUGCAUCGAAAUGUAAAGUAAAGGGUCAUAGAUCCAAAAAAUAA